UAUUUUACACGAAAUACCUCUAUAAUUCAAUGAUAAAUUGACUGUAAACGAUAAUAUUUAUUAAGUAUAAAAGAUAAUAUUUAUUAAAGUUCCUAUCUUGAACAAAAAGAACACUUACAUUAUUUUUGAUAUAUGGAACUAUCUUAAGCUCAAUAAAUAAUCUCAUUUUAUAGUUCUGCGAAGAUUAGUCAGACAACACGUACAUAUUUUAAGUCUGUGCAUAUAUUAUUUUUAACUUCGUCGACGAAAUUAUUUAUCAACAGAUUAAAUGUCUUUCUUUUCCGGAAUAUAUAUACAUAGUUACUUAAAUAAUUACGUUUCGUUAUCUUUGGGGGAUUUUCUUAACUGGAAAGUAGAAUAUCGUUUUAAUGAAAUUUAUGUGUCAGGGUCUAAAGAGAUAAUUAACACAAGCAUCGAAUUUAAAAUCGUAUUGUUUGGAUUUCUUAUCUCAUUUUAAUAAGUUCUUUCAACAAAACCUUUUCUCACUUUAUAUUACUUGUAUUUGAUAAACCGAAUAUCCUUCUGUUGAUAAACUUGAAUAAGUUUACAUAACUUCGUUCUUUCUUUCUUUUUUUUUUACAAGGCUUUCAUAUCACUUUUAUAUCUAAAAUCCAUUCAUCAUCAAUACGUAUGUACUGUAUGUAUGUAUACACAUACAUAAUUUUUCUUCGGUUUAUUAUCAAUGUGGUAAAGAGGGAGAAAUGAAUAAAGAAGAGUAGGGGAGACGUUCUUAAAGUUACCGGUUAGCGCUGAUUACGAUCAUAUAUACAUAACGCUCGUUCGAUGUGCGUAGUAAUAGAAAUUUGCAAGCCAUCUUCGUAAAACGUGAGAUACGUAUUAAUAUAAUUAGCAACAAAAAUGAUCAGUUGGAUACUUUGGUUUAUCGCAGUGCUCAGCUGUUCAACAAUAUGCAACUGCGAGCUUAACAAUAAAAUGAAAAUCAUUUAUUCGUGGAAAGCAUUGGAUUUUGCAUUUCCGAGUGAACGUGCGAGAGCGAUAGCAAUAAAACAGGGCACUUUCAUUCCAGGGGCACCCAUACCUAUAGACGUGGAUUUAUAUCACAGAGAGCGACAAGGAUCGAUCAUUUUCGUAACGAUACCAAGAUUUAUAAAGGGAAUACCAGUAACUUUUGGUUACGUUACCGAUGACGUCACGCCCGAAGGAAAUCCUAUAAUUGCACCAUAUCCUAGCUGGGAAUGGAAUAAAGAGGGUGAUUGCAACGUUAUCACUAGCGUCUUUAGAGUGGCGAUCGACAAAUGUAACAGAUUAUGGAUACUUGAUACAGGGAAAGUCGGUAAUCAUCAGAUUUGUCGGCCUCAAUUGCACGUAUUUUCCUUAAUCAAUAACAGAUUGAUCCAUCAAUACAAAUUUCCACGUGAUCAGUUCAAGGACACUUCCCUUUUUGUUACACCUGCCGUGGAUAUUCGUGAUACCGAUGAUAAAUGUCGUAACACAUUCGUCUAUGUAGCUGAUGUGACUGGUUUUGGCUUGCUUGUUUAUGACCAUAGUCAUAAUAGAUCUUGGAGGAUUGAGAAUAAACUUUUCUUUCCUUAUCCACCUUAUGGAACUUUUAAUAUUAAAGGUGAUACCUUCGAUCUUAUGGAUGGUAUAAUCGCUUUAGCUUUGGGUCCCAUCAGAUCAGACGGUGAUAGAAUCCUUUAUUUUCAUUCUUUGGCCAGCAAAGUUGAAUCUUGGGUAGCCACGUCGACCAUAAGAAAUUACUCCACCUUCCUUCACGAUUCCGAGGCAACACCGAGAUCUUUCAAACCAUUCCUAUUAGAAAGACCAUCGCAAUCAGCAGCUGAGGCAAUGAACAAAAAUGGCGUUCUUUUCUUUGGUCUUUUGUCUGAAAUAUCGCUUGCUUGCUGGAAUAGUAAAAACUAUCCUGAAUAUAGUAGCAAGAACAUCGAGAACCUUCUAGUAGAUCAAGAAAAUCUACAAUUUCCUUCUGGUUUAAAGUUGAAAUAUUCUAAAGAAGAUCGAGAAGAGAUCUGGAUAUUGACCUCAUCAUUCCAAAGAUUCAUGACAGGAACUUUAAAUCCAAAUGAAACUAAUUUCCGUAUCCUGGCUGGAUUUGUAAACGAAUUAGUUCGUGGCACCAAAUGUGAUUCUGUUACACACGUACACGGACCAGUAACAUUUCCAAAAUGAAAAUUAUGGCACCGCGAGAAUCAUAGACUACAUCAUCAACAGUGGUCGUUCCAUUAUCCAUGGUCUAUUCAUACAACGUUACCGGUUAUUUCAAAAGUGAUUUUUAACGAUCAACCGGUAGGAUACAGUUUUUUUUAAAUCAUAGUUAAAUUCGAUUUGAAUAUCAACGAAAAAAUUGCUUUUCUUUUUUCUUUUUUAUGAAUGAACUCGCGGUGCUGAUUUGUUUUAUAUUUAAUUUAAUAAGACACGAUCGUUGUUCAAAACAUUUGUGUACAUUUUUAUUUAUUUUAUGUAUUAUAUUAUAUAUAUAUGUGUAUGUUUAUGUAUGUGUGUGUGUGUGUAUAUAGUAACCAAAGUGCCAAGAAAUCUUAUCAACAUUGUUUAAAACAAUAAUUGAAAAUAUAAAAAUAAUUAUAAUGAAA